GCGGUACCAGCGGGGACGAGUACACCUAUUAUCAAACCAGCUGUAAGAAGAAAGAGAUUUCUCCGACCACAAAAGAUGCUCCUAAAGAACGUCUGAGAAGUAGAAGGGGUAAAACAUCUAUAGAGGCAGCUAUGGGACUUAAAACUAAAAGAUCAACUUUGACAGUGAAUCUGGAACUUUACUGAUGGAUGGCACGACAAGUGGACCUGUUACAUCCAGUUGGUCAAUGGUAUCCUCAAGGUCUUUGUCAUUAGUUGACUGAAGUGAUAAAGACAGCAAUACCUCACAGAGUAGCUACCUAACAGAGAAAGAUCUCCAGUUUCAAGCCACAGUAUCAAACUUGCUGUUGUCUGAUGAUGCAGCAGCUCGUGAUGCUGAUGAAAGUGACAUUGAGGUUGACCCGGGAACCAUUACACCUCCUGGUUCCCCUUUCAGAAUGGAAGAAUCUCCAACGGUACAGGAAAUGCUGUCUGCCAUAGAUAAUUAUCAACACAGUUAUUUUGCUUGUAGACAUGAUAAAUUGCAUCACAUUGAUAUUCGUCAAUUAGCGUAGAUUUGACAGUGCACAUUUUUCCAAUAUUGAUGGCUGUACCAUGGUGUCAGCUUGAGCUUUGACAAGUGCUUCAAAGGAUACAUCAUGACCAAAGCUAUUGAAGUUACUUUAAUCCCAGAACAGAACAUUACUGACUGAUAGGGAAAAUAUUACUUGCAGGGAAAAAGGGACCCAGCUAAAUUUUCAUGAGAAGACUGGAAGCUACACAAUAAUGCUUCAAAAAAUUGAUCAAUGUUCAGUGAACCAAGGCAGAAAUACCAAAGAUUCUUAUCGUAGAGGUUGGAAAAUGAUUGGAAAUUAUGUAGUAUUCAUAUGCAGUUUCAGCAUUUUCCAUUUUUUAUGGAAAACCAUGCUUGUUCAGCUAUAAUGCAUCCAGGUACAGGUACCGGUAAUGUGGAAUUGCCAAAAGAGAAUACAUAAUCACAUGGCAAUUGCUGAGUGUCAUUACUGGUCCACUACCUAAAGCCAGAUAUACGAAAGAGAUGACUUGAAAGAUUAAGCUUGCUUCUGAUGAGUGUAGUUACCUUGACAGCAGUAACCUUGACAACAGUUGUCAAGGAAGUACUUCCAUGGAUACCAGUAAUCCGGACAGUCUGUACAGCAGCAGUAACCAGGCAAACUUUUCAUUCUUUAGAAAUAUUGACAGCAACACAAGUCAAGGUGAGAUUGAUACAGUCAGAUCUGUAGUGAAUUCUGAAAGUGACAGUGUAUCUUCCUCAUCAUCCGAGGUAGAAGAUUCACAGUUGGAUGGAGAUACAGGAGAAAAACGUGAACGCAGAAGAAAGAGGAAACUUGAGACAGAGGAACAACCAACAGCUGUGGUACUUUCUAAAUUCCAAUAUCAGUUGAUGAGUACAUUUGAAGAAAGGCUGUUGCUGAAGAAAUUGGAAGCAGCAUCUGAGACCUGUAGAUUACCUCCACACCUCAACAGGCUGAAAAGAAAACUCAAGGUCAGACAGUUGAAGCGAGAACACGGUGUUCCCCAGUUUGAUUUGGAUGCAGAAAUGAACAAAUUGUCACAGAGAUGCUUUGGUUUAAUCAUGGAAAGGCUCAUCAACAAUCCUGGAAAUUAUUACCAUGGUGAUAUGAGAAUUCUGGACAAAUUUCAGACAAAUGUAAGCAACUUUUCAAGAGCACAGCUACAUCAGCAACCUUCAUUCCUUAACAGACUUGUUGGAUAUGAGGAUGAUCAACUACAUACUGUGUGUAGUCCUUACACAGCCAGUCAGAUGGAUAGUCUUGACACAGUUAAGAGAGUGUUGAGUGUAGUCCUUACACAGCAAGAUAUUACACAGUACAAUGAGUGUU